AUUACUAUCUUGCAGCAGCUGUUGUGCAGCAGUAUUUUGUUUCACAUCCUCACAUAUUUUCCUUCCCUCUGUGGUCAAAGGCUAAACUCUGGAUGGCUUCUGCGCUGCUGGAAAGUGAGAGGAAAGGUGUCAGUCCCCUCCAAGCGAAGGAGGCGGUCUCCUACUGGACCUUGAAUGUCACCAUACUGAGAGCAGAAACACAUCAGUCCAGAGAUUACUGGUCUGAAUCGGACUGCUACGUCAUUCUCUCUCUGCCCACGGCAACGGCAAUAACCUACCGCACAGCAACUGUGUCAAACACUAACAACCCGGAGUGGGAUGAAACCUUUACCUUCAGGGUCCCCACCAAUGUCAAAAACAUUCUAGAGAUGCAGCUGUAUGAUGAGGACACCAUGGCCCGGGAUGACCUGAUCUCCACUCUUCUGUUUGAUGUCAGGAACCUUAGAGUCGGGAAGAAGGAGACCAAGGUCUUCAACAUAAACCCUGAGAAGGAUGAAAAACUUCUCGUAGCGUUUGAGCUUCUUCAGAGUGAGGACCCCCCCUGUGAAUAUCUCACUAAUGGCAUCCUUGUGGCUGCCCCAUUCUCUGCACUGGAUAUUGAUGUUAACAAGCUACGCAGCAAUGACCAUACUAGGGACAAGGUGCUGAAACUGAGGGGUGCCUAUCAGGAGAAUCACACACUUAAUGCAAAGGAAACCCCAAAACUGCGUUUCUACAUCAACAGAGACUUGGAGACAGAACUAGGAGUGGCACCCUCUGAUGAAACCUUUGCUCCAUUGGAAACGUCUAUAAAACUCCAGCCACUACCAGAGAAACAAGCACGCAAAGUGUCCCUUGUUAUUAAUCAGGACACAGUGGAUUUAGACAUGGAAACAUAUGAAGGCAAGGAGGAACGUCUUGUAGUUCGUCUGGACCUUGACAUCCCACCUCAGGAGAAAGAGUAUCUGAAGAAGAGAAAAGUUGUAGUGGCACAGGCUUUGCAGAAGAUGUUAGGCCUUGGCUCUCCACCUGAAACUAAAAAGGUGCCGAUCGUAGCAGUGGUGGCUUCCGGGGGAGGGGCCAGAGCAAUGGUAGGCCUGCUGGGUGGUCUGAGAGGCCUGAAGGAUAUAGGGGUCUUGGAUGCUGUCAGUUACAUCACUGGUGUUUCUGGAUCCACAUGGGCUAUGUCUACUCUGUAUCAGGAAACAAACUGGUCACAGGACAUAGACAGUAUCAUCUCAGCAACAAAGAAACAAAUGACAGAGUGGUGUGAGUUUACCCCCUACGAGGUAGGCAUCCCGAAGUAUGGGGCGUUUGUCCAAACUGAGGAUUUCGGGAGUCAGUUCUUCAUUGGUCAUAUCAUCAAGAAACUCCCAGAAGUUCGCAUCCCUUAUCUGAUGGGAAUAUGGAGCAGUGUACUUUCUGUCAACAUCACCCAGCUAUGGUCACAAAUUACCGGGUCCAAGCCUUCUUGGAGCCCUUGGCUUGGACCAGAUGUCAGCAGAACAGACGUUGACACUGAAGCAUCAGCUCUGGACACACAUGUCAUAAAGCCAAUCACAGAUUUCACAAGAAUAGUGACAGAUUUCUUCAAAAAUCGACCAGUCAUCGCUGAAAUGUACAAUUUCAUGCGUGGACUCUUCCUGCACUGCAACUACAACAAGCACAGCAACUUUGUUGCCUGGAAAGAUGCACAUCCAGAUGCCUUCCCAAACCAAAUGACUCCCAGUGACUCCACCCUGGGUUUGGUUGAUGCUGGUCAUGCCAUUAAUAUUGGCUGUGUGCCUGUCCUGCGGCCAGAGAGAUAUGUGGAUAUCAUCAUCACUCUGAAUUACUCAUGGGACCCAGAGCACAUCUUCAAUGUCAUGGAGAGGACGGCUGCUUACUGUAAAGACCAUGGCAUCCCAUUUCCCAGGGCUGAUUUUGCCAGUCUGGAAAAAGAGCCUAAGAAGGAGGUCUACAUCUUCGAGGAUAUGAAGAAUCCCAGGGCCCCGAUAGUGGUUCUUUUCCCACUAGUCAAUGCCUCAUUCAAACACUACAAGCACCCUGGCGUGAAGCGUAAGUCUGAGAAAGAAGUGAAAGCUGGGGAGGUGGAUGUGAGCAGCAGCAACUCUCCGUACACCACCCAGAACAUGACCUACUCAAAAGAGGAUUAUGAGGCUCUCGUGGAGCUGACCGCUUACAACGUGGCAAACAACAAGGAGAGCAUCCUGCAAGCCUUGAGCAAGGCCCUGGACAGGAAGGCAUCCAACAUAAAGAAAUAAACAGCAACAACAUCAUUUAUGUUCCCUCAAAAAGUCACUUUUGGUCAUUGCCACUCCUCUAUUAAAGCUGAAAUGUAGCUUCUGGUACACAUCAAUCUGUUAAUCCUUUAAAAAGCAGUUGAAGACUUUGCAAUUCAAACAGGCUUUUAGUUAGACAAGGGUUUUCAUGGCUGUCUGAUUUUAUGUAUCUAUGUUUUUCUUUGUAUUUGUAUGUCUUUUUAUUCAUCGUAUUUCACUUAUUGGGUAGCACUUUUUAAUUUUGCGUGAAAAGUGCUAUAUAAAUAAACUUCACUUUCUUACUUUACUUACACAAGGUGGCAAUAAAGGUGAUCUAUUAUAUAGCA